AUGAUAACUUCCAGUACAGAGGAGAGCUUUGACGCUCUCGUCGUAGGUGCAGGUUUUGGUGGCAUAUACCAGCUUUAUUCUCUGCGCCAACUGGGGCUUUCCGUCAAGCUCAUCGAUGUAGCCUCUGAUGUUGGCGGAACUUGGUACUGGAAUCGCUAUCCAGGAGCCAUGAGCGAUACGGAGAGUUUUGUUUACCGGUACACCUGGGAUGCUGAAGAUCUUCAGACAUACCCCUGGUCGCAUCACUACGUCAAGCAGCCUGAAGUUCUUGCCUACCUUAAGCAUGUUGUCCAGCGCCAUGACCUUCGGAAGCACAUGCAGUUUAACACCAAGUUUCUAUCGGCCGAUUGGUCCGAGGCCGAGAAGGUCUGGAACGUCGAUGUGAGCACUGGGGCUCGAUACAAGGUUCGCUACCUGAUUACAGCCCUUGGACUUCUUUCGCGACAGAACUAUCCAGACAUACCUGGGAUCGAUUCUUUUAGCGGAGUGAAGUGCCACACGUCGACUUGGGAUCCUAGCAUCGAUCUCAAAGACAAGAGAGUCGGUGUUAUUGGCUGUGGCUCGACCGGUGUUCAGGUGAUUACUGCGAUUGCGGGCACCGUCCGAGAACUGGUGUGUUUUCAACGGCACCCGCAGUACAGUGUGCCAAGUGGCGACGGGCCUGUUAGUCCUGAAUACCGCGCUGAAAUCAAUGCAAACUACGACAAAAUUGUUAAACAAAACCAGAGCUCGGCAUAUGGUUUUGGCUUUGUGGAAUCUGAUCGGUCGUACGACUCCUUUUCACCAGAAGAACGGGAGCAGAUGUUUGAGUCUCUGUGGAAGAGGGGAAAUGGUUUUAGAUUUUUUGGAAGUGGCUUCAGUGACUUAUCCACAAACCGAGCAGCCAAUGAAGCUGCUUGCGAAUUUAUUAGGAAAAAGAUCGCCCAGAUUGUGAAAGAUCCUGUCAAGGCACAGAAGUUGCAGCCUCAUGAACCUUAUGCGCGCCGUCCUCUAUGUGAUGGGGGCUACUACGAAAAAUUCAAUCGCGACAAUGUGUUUCUCGUUGACCUGAAGGAGACGCCCAUAGCAGCCAUCACGCCGAAGGGUAUCAAGACGAGUGAUGGUAAGGAGCAUGAACUGGAUGUCAUCAUCUUCGCCACCGGGUUUGACGCAGUCGAUGGCCAGUAUAAGACGCUGAAUAUCCGCGGGCAGGACGGCAAAAGUCUUAAGGAGCACUGGGAAAACGGUGCCACCAGUGUUCUGGGCACGAGCAUUGCACAUUUUCCCAAUUUCUUCAUCGUCGCAGGGCCCCAGACGGCCUUUUCUAGCAUGCCUGUCCUCAUUGAAGCUACUGUUGAUUUUAUCACUGGUGCCAUCAAGCGAGCAGAAGAGCUAUCCGUCAACGGAAAACAGGCCACCAUCGAGGCAACGGAAGCCGCUGAAAUCGAAUGGACUAAAACCUGCAAGGACUUGGUAGAGGGAAGCCUUUUCAAGGAGACAGACUCUUGGAUCUUUGGGAGAAAUAUCCCGGGGAAGCCCUAUUCUGUGACAUUUUAUUUUGGCGGGUUAGGGAGAUUUCGCACGUUGAUGCAUAAGAUGAUCGAGGAGGGCUAUCCUGGAUACAAACCAUUCUUAACAUCCUGA